GGCAUUUCUUGGAGAUUGUCUUCAUCCGAAGAGAAGGGAGUUAGAGGAUCGUAGUGUGUCACCACUCUGAUGUUGUUGAGGACAUUUUAACAGAUUCAGAGAGGUGAACUGUCCAACUCUAGCUGAGACCCUCUCAGCUGCGGAGGAAAGAACGGCGUAACGGCCGUUCUGUGACCGAAGAAACGACGUCAGUGACAAAAUCUGCCGAUGCCACCAGAACGCAAGAAUUGUAGUUGUGCGCCGUGCGCCGUCAGACAAGACGGUGUAAACCAAAGUGCUUUCAAAUCUUUUAGAAUCUCUAGAGCCAUGAAGUCAUGGCUCCUACUCUGUUUAGCUACCUUAUAUUUAUCAAGCACAGUUCAAGUAUAUGCUCAAGACUUAAAGGAAUGUGGAGCCAACUGUCAAACAAGUAAUGGAUGUAAAUGUGUGGGCGAGAAAGGGUCUAGGGGUAUUCCUGGAGCCCUGGGUCCUCCUGGCCCUCAGGGAGUUCAAGGGUAUCCUGGCAUGGAGGGACUUCCCGGUCUUAAAGGUCAGAAAGGAGAACCUGGUCCAUUAGGACUCAUUGGACCAAAAGGAGACAGAGGAAAAAUGGGAAUGCCUGGAUUUCCCGGAAUCAACGGAAUUCCUGGUAUUCCUGGCCCAACUGGACCCCGAGGACCUGCUGGUAUGGAUGGCUGCAAUGGAACACAGGGAGAGCCCGGUAACCCUGGAUUAAAUGGACUUCCAGGUCAGGUCGGCCCCCCAGGUCUACCUGGUCUCCCAGGUAUGAAAGGAGAAUCUUCACCUGGAGUUGCCGUCAAAGGUCAAAAGGGAGAACCUGGUAUCGAAGGAUUUCAAGGUCUUCAGGGUCCCCCUGGCAGAGUUGGUCCCCCUGGAUUGCCAGGACUGCCCGGCCCUGAAGGACCAAGAGGAUAUGAUGGACUUUUGGGCCAGAAAGGAGAGAAAGGUUUCCCAGGUUUAGCGGUCAAUGGUGAAAAAGGAGACCAGGGUGAGCCAGGUGCUAGAGGCCCCCCAGGCCCCCCUUGUGAUGGAAAUCAACAACUGAAGGAACCUAAUGUGACUCAGAUUGGACCAAGAGGACCAAAAGGAGACAGAGGACCCAGGGGUAAUGAUGGUUUACCAGGAUUGCCAGGAAACAAAGGAGAAAGAGGUUUCCCUGGUAUGAAAGGACCCCCAGGAAUGGUGGGAGAGAAGGGGAUACCUGGUAUUGCUGGACCAAGAGGUAAACAAGGAUUACCUGGUCUUCCAGGAUUACCUGGUUUAAAGGGAGACAGAGGAAUGGAUGGUCUGCCGGGAUUGAAUGGAGUUCAAGGUGAAAAAGGAAAUCCUGGAAUACCUGGUCUGAAGGGAGAAAAGGGAUACAGGGGACCACCGGGACCCAGUGGGGGAGAAGGUGGUGAUGGCCCAGAAGGACCAAAGGGGGAACGUGGUCCCCCAGGAGAAAGGGGAUUCCCUGGUUUAGAUGGAUUAGUGGGAUUGCCAGGUCCCCCUGGUAGAGCUGGACCUCCUGGAGGGCCAGGAACACAGGGACUUCCUGGUCCGGAGGGACCAGCUGGACCAAAGGGGGACAAAGGAGACAAGGGAAGUUCAGGUUUGCGUGGAAUUGAUGGUAUACCUGGACAACCUGGAUUGCCAGGUGAAAAGGGUGAUCCUGGUCCGAAAGGAAACUCUGGAAUAUCAAUCCCAGGAAUAAAAGGUGCUAAUGGAUUCCCUGGUCGAGAUGGACGACCUGGACAGAAGGGAGAACCUGGAUUUAGGGGACUUCCUGGUAUUCCAGGAAAUUCGACCAGAGGACGCCCUGGACUUCCUGGACCCAAAGGAAGUAAGGGAAAUCCUGGAUUCCCUGGUAUAGGUGGACGUGAUGGUCUUCCAGGUCUCCCUGGAGAAAAAGGUGACAGAGGAGGAUCCUGUAGAGAUUGCUUACCUGGAUUAAAGGGAGAGAAGGGAACCCCUGGACGACCUGGAUCUGCUGGUAUCCCUGGAGAAAUUGGUCGAACUGGGCCAAAGGGUGAACCGGGUCUUAGAGGAGAGGAAGGUCUUCCAGGAUUUGUUGGCCAAAGAGGAGAACCGGGUCUUCCUGGGCUGCCAGGCACUGACGGUUUACGGGGACCUAAAGGCGAGCCCUACAGAAUCGAGUUAGAGACCAUUACAGAUAUGUGUAGUAAAGGUGAGCCUGGGUUACCUGGAUUACCAGGUGAGGAGGGUCUGCCAGGAGUACCAGGUCCUCAAGGUCCCCGAGGUCAGGAUGGGUUACCAGGGUUACCAGGAGAAAAGGGAGACAGAGGACGGGAUGGAAAUGAUGGUGUACCAGGAUCUCCAGGUUUAGCUGGACUCAAGGGAGCUAAGGGUGAACCUGGAUUUGGUGUUCCAGGUCUCCCCGGAGAGCGAGGUCUCCCAGGAGACAAUGGACUUCCAGGCUUAAAUGGCAUGAAAGGACAAAAGGGAGCACCAGGAGAGACAAUUGAUGUUAAUAUUGACCUUCUGAAGGGAACAAAGGGAGAACCUGGAUUUCCUGGAAAUCCAGGAAUUCCUGGAAGAGAUGGCUUUCCGGGAGUCAAGGGAGAAAGGGGAGUCCCUGGUGCCCCUGGUCUGGAUGGCUUACCUGGAAUGAAGGGAGAAAGAGGACUUGAUGGAAUACCGGGAGACGCUGGCCCCAGAGGACUUCCUGGACCCAGAGGUGACAAGGGGGCAGAUGGUCCCCCAGGACAGCCAGGAUUUGAUGGUAGACCUGGAGAACCUGGCCCCCAGGGAUUACCUGGAUUAAAAGGGGAAGCCGGAAUUCCUGGAAGAGAUGGACGUUCUACAAAUGGUGAGAAAGGAGAACCGGGAUUGCCUGGACUUGACGGACCUCGUGGCCAGCCUGGGUUCCCAGGACAAGACGGACUUCCUGGACAAGAUGGUCUUCCCGGUAUGAAGGGUGAUCCAGGUCCAUCUGGACUUCCUGGUUUACCAGGUGGUCCAGGACAGAAGGGAGAACCUGGACCUACUGGACCAGAAGGUGCAAGAGGUCCACCUGGAGAUGCAGGUCUACCAGGAAUACCAGGUCCAGUUGGUGCCAAAGGAAAUGCAGGACUCCCUGGAACAGAGGGAUUAUCUGGUAUCCCAGGGGAGAGAGGAGAGGCUGGUGUCCCAGGACGUCCUGGAGCACCAGGAUUAGAUGGACCCCAGGGACCCCCAGGUCUGCCAGGAGAACGUGGUCGUGACGGAGCCCCAGGUGCCAAGGGAGACACUGGUUUUGUUGGAAUCCCAGGUGAACCUGGAAGAGAUGGAAAUCCUGGACUUCCUGGACUGCAAGGAAUGAAGGGUGAGAGGGGAUUCCCCGGAAUUCCAGGCGAACAAGGACGAACUGGAGAACCAGGACAGAAAGGUGAACGUGGACCAAGCGGACUUCCAGGAUUACUCGGUUCCCCGGGUCAAGAUGGUCUCCCAGGACCUAAAGGUGAUGCUGGACGGCCUGGAGCCCCAGGAAAUCCCGGACUACCAGGACAAGAUGGACUCUCAGGACUGCCAGGAAUGAAGGGAGACCAAGGAUCCCCGGGAGUAGGAAUCCCAGGAGAGCCAGGCAUCAACGGAGAAAGGGGUCGGGAUGGUGCACCAGGACUACCAGGAAUGAAGGGAAAUCAAGGCCCACAAGGACUCCCAGGAUUCCCUGGAAUGAAGGGAGAGAGGGGUUUCCCAGGACAACCUGGACAGCCUGGUCUUCCUGGCAAUGAUGGACUCCCAGGAAUGAAAGGUAAUCCUGGUCUUAGUGGUGUUCCUGGAAGAGCUGGUAUAAAGGGAGAGCCAGGCCUGAAUGGAGUUCCUGGUCGUGACGGGCCAAAGGGUGAUGCCGGGUUACCAGGAGUGCCGGGUGAGAGGGGACAGCCUGGACUGAAGGGAGAACCAGGGUUGAAUGGUCUGCCUGGACAACCUGGUGAACCUGGUUUCCCUGGUGCUAAGGGUGAUCGUGGAAGAGAUGGACUGAAUGGUGUCCCAGGAGCUAAAGGAGAUCAAGGAUUGCCAGGGUUAAAUGGACAGAAAGGUUCAAAGGGAGAGCCUGGAUUUCCCGGACCAGAGGGAAGAGAAGGUCUACCAGGAAUGAAGGGAGAAAGAGGACCUGAGGGACCAACAGGAAAUAAGGGAGAGCCAGGUCGUUCCAUUACUGGAAUCAAGGGAGAGCCAGGUAUCCCAGGAGAAAUAGGUCGUGAUGGCUUCCCAGGAAUGAAAGGGGAGGCAGGUCUCCCAGGCCAACCAGGCUUGCCGGGAAUGAAAGGGGAUGCAGGUGUGGGAUAUCCUGGACCACAGGGCCCCAAGGGUGACAGAGGCUUAAAUGGAAUUCCAGGUGAGGUUGGUUUGACUGGAAUCCCAGGUGAACCCGGACAGCCAGGAUUCCCUGGAAUCAAGGGAGAACCUGGAGACAGAGGUGUUCCUGGACUCCCCGGACUUAAGGGUCUACCAGGUCCAAUAGGUCCUGCAGGUGAGCCCGGAAACUCUGGAGUACCUGGAUUACCUGGAAUGAAGGGAGAAUCCGGACGCCCAGGAAGAGAUGGAGUGGAAGGAUUAAAGGGAGAAAGGGGUUUUCCAGGAUUACCUGGAUUGCAAGGACCUAAAGGUGAACAAGGUUUUGAUGGGUUGAAGGGCGAGCCUGGACCAGGGGCCAUAAUAAACCCUAACAUGAGGAUCAAGGGAGAUAAAGGGGAACCAGGAAUUGGAGGACGACCGGGACAACCCGGACUUCCCGGACUCAAAGGAGACAUAGGAUUCCCAGGUCCCAAGGGCUUCCCUGGCAUUCCAGGAGAGAGGGGUAUUCAGGGAUUCCCCGGUAUGAAGGGUGAUCCCGGGUUCCCAGGAAAUCCAGGCAUUCCCGGUGAUGAUGGCUUCCCAGGACCCCAGGGACCAACUGGUGAGCCAGGAUUCCCAGGACCCCCAGGACGGACCCCACCCUCUGGUUUUCUGGUUGUUCGUCACAGUCAAACGGACUCUGAGCCAGUCUGUCCUGAUAGCACCAGUCGUCUCUGGACUGGUUACAGUUUGCUCUACAUCGAAGGAAACGAGAGAUCUCAUCAUCAAGACUUAGGCUGGGCAGGAUCUUGUAUGCAGAGAUUUAGCACAAUGCCAUUCCUUUUCUGUAAUACCAACAAUGUCUGUAACUACGCCAGCCGUAACGACAAAUCCUACUGGCUGUCCACUAAUGAACAAAUGCCCAUGAUGCCAGUUCGUGACCCAGAAUUACGUCGAUACAUCAGUCGCUGUGUGGUCUGUGAUGCCCCUGCUAAUGUCAUUGCUGUCCACAGUCAGAUUAUGGCUAUCCCAGAAUGUCCAGUAGGGUGGAAGGGGCUCUGGAUUGGUUACAGUUUUGCAAUGCACACCGGUGCUGGACCUAGUGGGGGUGGUCAGUCUCUAUCUAGUCCUGGAAGUUGUUUGGAGGACUUCAGGGCCACACCAUUCAUUGAAUGCAAUGGCAGUGGGGGCACCUGCCAUUUCUAUGCCAACAAAUACAGCUUCUGGUUGACCACUAUUGACCAGAACCAGUUUGCCACACCAGUUCAAGAAACGCUGAAGGCCGGUAACUUGAGAACAAGAGUGUCACGCUGUCAAGUUUGUAUGAAGACCACGAGGCCUUAAUUCUCUAUAGUAACUUUCUUUACAAGUCCUUAUUUUGUAUUUUUAUUUUCUGAUGACAUUUACUGAGCAGCUUUAUUGUAACCUAUUUUUGUGACCUAUUUUUCAAGGUCUUGUUUAAUUGUGCAAUGAGAAGAUAUAUUGUAGAUCAGAAGUAUCGGCAGACCGAGAUGUGCCUUAUAAGGACUCGAUGCAAUUGAGCCAUGUUAACUAUGCAAUGAAUAGUUUUAUAAUUAUGUAUCUUUGUACCUGUCUUCUGUCUCUGAUGUAAAUGAUCACACUCUGUUGGUGUUUCUGUAUGUCUAUAAACAAGAGGUUGUAUGAUGUCCAUGUUUUCUUUGUAUUUUGUUUUUGAGCUUUUAUCAUUUGAAAACAAAUAUGCAUUAUCAAUUAAGAAAUAGGACAGGUAUUGAAGUUAGAAAUACUUUUUAAAAAUGUUUUAAGAAUUGCAUUUAUUAAUGAUAUUUUUUUCCUGCCUGUUACUAUUUCUAGUGCUUUGCCUUCACUGACUAUAUAUGGUGAUGAUGUAAUACUCAAUAUCCUUUCAGGAACUUCUUUUUCUUUCUGCUCAGAUGACGUUAUGAAUGAAAGCUGUGAUGUUUUUGUAAAUUCAUUAAUGUAAAUGCAUUUAUCACAUCCUGUAGAUAUAUAAAUAUCAUUCAAGACAAUCAUAAUUCCAUCUUUGAUUCCCCAAUGAUUCUAGCCAAUCAAAAUAUUUAUUACAAACAACAGGAAAAGUAUUCAGAGAGAAAAUAUAAAUUUCUUCUUGGAUGCUUUUUUGUUUUGAAUUUUCAGUCAUUAUUCUGAUUGGAUAGUCAUCAUUGGGCUUGAAUGAGUGGACUUAUUUGGUAAAUGAUGAACAAAUAAUGGAUGUCAGUGCGAAUAUGAGUAAUUUAGCAUACCAUCUAAUGAAAAUUUUUGUAAAAGUAACAAAAUGUUGCAAAAUUUGAUGAAUACAAGUUUAAAAUGACAGAAUUGUUCAACUUCUUGCAUAAUUUAAUUUUCAUGGCAUUACAGCUAAAGUUUUUGGAAAUAAAGUUUUAAAAAUAA